AUGAGCUCUCGCGGGUCACCCUCAGGCGCAAGAAGACCAGCAGAGGAUUCGACAGUAUGGCAUAAUGCACAGGAAUGGCUCGAAGACGAUGAGCUCGAUAUGAACUACCACCCACCCGAUGCCUCGGGAGAUGACGACGAUUGGGAGGACGACGUGGACGAGGAUGAGGGGAUGGGUCUUGGUGUUUCGGACGACAACCCCAACAUCAAUAUUGGAAACAUCCAGAUUGAACUCACCACGGACGUUCCGGCUGAGGGAGACCAGGACCAAGAGGAUCAAACUGGUGGUGCCAGACGCAUCCCCGCCGCACGAUUGUUCGAGUUACUGGCCUCCAGCGGGCUGCAGCAUAUUCUCCACUCCAAUGGAUGGGCGAGUACCCUAGGGCAUGAUGAAGAGGAAGAUGAAGAAGAGGACGAUGAUGAUUACGACGAUGGCUAUAUUAGUGCAUUCCGACAUCGCCUCCGAGCGAGGCGGGGCCGGGGAACCGACCAAUUCCCCAAAGUACCCAGCGAUGCGGGCACCCAAUUGAUGAAAGAUGGCGACUUCGGCACUGAUGAUUACUAUAUCGAUCGGCUCAAGCAACGGAAGAAGAUCCUUGCGACCAACCUGAUGUGGCGCGAACUCGGCGUUGAUCCGUAUGGGGUACGGAAACGGGCCGAUCAAACCAUCUCUCAGCGCUUGAUUCCGGGCUCCGUGACCGACAAGAUCAUUCACUAUGACUCGCGGAGUUAUUCCGGCCAGUUCUCAGACGAUGGGAACUUCUACUUCUGCUGUGCGCAGGAUUUCAAGGUGCGGAUGUAUGACACAUCCAACCCGUACGAGUGGAAAUACUACAAGACCGUCGACUAUCCUUUUGGCCAGUGGACCAUCACCGAUGCCACAUUAAGCCCGGAUAAUCGAUUCCUGGUUUAUAGUUCAAUACGCAGCCAGGCCUACAUAGCCUCGACCGACCCGGAGGAUGACUCCGAGCCCAAUGUGCUGGACUUUUCCACUCCACCAGGCACAAGGCGACGGCGCAGCUGGGGGAGCUCACAUUUUGGCAUAUGGUCUCUACGGUUUUCUGGCGAUGGCCGAGAGGUCGUUGCAGGCACGUCCGAGGACUCCGUCAUCGUUUAUGAUAUCGAGACAAAACAGCCGGUCCUCAAUCUCCGUGAUCGCCAUCAGCACCAUGUCAACGCAGUUUGCUUUGGUGACACAUCAUCUCCGCACCUCCUCUACUCGGGAUCCGACGACACGACCCUCCGGGUUUGGGACCGGCGGUCUAUGGGUGACGGCCGCGAAGCCGGAGCAUUCAUGGGUCACACCGAAGGCUUGACGUAUGUUGAUAGCAAAGGCGACGGCCGCUACGUGCUGUCGAAUGGCAAGGACCAAACGAUGAAAUUGUGGGAUCUGCGGAGGAUGAUGACAACCGCCAAAUUCGAUACCAUCGACCCCAACAGCUACACGACCGGUUUUGACUACCGCUUUGAGCCCUACCCAGAUGACUACUAUGAGCCGCACCCACACGACUGCUCUGUGGUCACCUUCCGGGGCCACCGCGUGCUGAAGACCUUAAUCCGGUGCCAUUUCUCUCCGCCGGACAGUACCAACUCGCGCUAUGUCUACACCGGCAGCGAAGAUGGCAAGGUCUACGUAUACAACAUGGAUGCAACACUAGCAGGUACCAUUGAUGUCGGCAAGGCAACGAUCAACUCCCGGCCCCGCGAGCCUGAUGUCUUCGCGACGGCAUAUGAAAUGAGCGGUGAGAUGCUGUGGAGGACGUGCGUUCGGGAUGCAAGCUGGCACCCGAAUGCCCCGGUGAUUGCAGCGACGUCAUGGAAUGGCUGGGGUCUGUCGACUGGCACUUGCACCGCGCAUUCAUGGAGUGAUGGUUCCAUCUGCGAUGAGGGUGACCCGCCUGUUGGGCAAAGCUAUGAUGACAAGCUUCGGCCUAUGCCGGAAUUCAACGAGUACCGGGAAAACGCCCCUGCGGUGCAUGCCCGACGCCCAUUGCGCAGCCGGCCCGUACGACGGCUGUUCGUCGAUGACGACGAGACAGGAUGGUGA